CUUAGAACUUGCAGACUUAGCUUCAAACCAAAACCCUCAGGCCCUAACCAUCUUCAUCCAAGAGCCCCUAAUUGGUGUUCGUUUCGUUGAGUCGCCCCCAACUUCAAUCAUUUAUAAUCCGAUCAAGUUCCGGCCGUCGUGUAUUUGACUGUCCCACGCCACUGCCACCCCUUUUGUCUUGGUUCCAUCUUCAUCGCUGCUAUCUUCGUCUUCAUAAUGGGUUGCAGGAAGAAAGGAGUCCCAGAUUCCCAAAACGAGGUAGAGCCUUUUGAAUUUUCAUAGCAAAGGGUUAAUCUAUCUUUUGCGUUAAUCUUGGAGGUUUCUGUUUGUUUCGUAUGUAUUUUUUAACAAGAAAGAAGAGUUCCGUGCGAAUUUGCUUUGAUUUUAAAGUGGGUUUGUGUUCAUGGGGAGAUGGCAUGUUUCAUCUAAUGCUUCCAUUUUAGAUUGCAAUAAAGAUGUAGAUCCUAAUCCUAGUAAUGGCUGUUGCAUUGCUUCGGAUUGUUUGGUAGAGGGGACUUAUGCAAAUGUUGAUUAUGAUGAUUGCAAGGCGAGAAUUAGAUGCUAUUUUGAGAAAAUUCUUUGGGUUUUUUUAAAGGAAAUUGGUCGUAGAGGAUUUGUUAGGCCACUGCCUGCGUUAAUAGGUGAAGGGGGAGCUUUGGAUUUGUUUGAAUUGUUCUUGGUAGUAAGAGAUAAAGGAGGUUCUCAAGUGGUUUCAGAGAAGAAACUAUGGUCUUCAGUGGUUGUGGAAUUAGGUUUGGAUCUUGGGCUUUCGGCUUCGGUGAAAUUGAUUUAUUCCAAGUACUUAAGUGAUCUAGAGAAAUGGCUUAUGGUGAGAUGUGGAGACACAAAACUGGAAAAUGGGAGCUCUGAUUAUUGCUACAAGAAAAGUUCUCCAUUUUUGUCGGAACUCGGGGCAAAGAUUAACGGUAUGUUGUAUGGUGUGCCGAGACAAAAUAGCAUAUAUGAUGAAUGUUUUGGAUUCAAAUCUAACAAACAGAAUGGGAACGUUAAUGUUGCUGCCGCUGCAGUGGAGAAGGAAAUAAAAUUCUCUGAAAUAAAGAAGAAAGAACACGAUCUCCAUGGGGAUGUUACACCAAUUCAACAAGAUUGUACAGAGACGCAUCCAAUCCAUGUUAUUGAAGAUGGUCAAAGUUUGGAUGCUGUUAAUGUUGAAGCUGAAAUAGAAUCUCUUGGGAAAUAUCGAGAAUCGUUAUUACGAAUGCUGAAGUGGGUGAGAAAGACUGCGAAGCAUCCUGAAGAUCCAUUAAAUGGUACAAUACUGGGGGCAUCAAGGUGGAAAGGUUACUCGAGCGAUGAUGCAUUAUGGCUUCAAGUAAUCAGUGCAAAGGAUGCUCUUCUAAUUAGGAAGGGUGUUGACAAAAUCGCUGAGAAACGUCUUUUAAUACAGAAGAAAGUAAAGAUGCAUCCAUCCAUUUAUGAGGAUAAUAUUGAUAACCAUCGCCUCUCUACAGAAAGGAUAAGUUGCAGCAAAAGAUUUAAAGCUUCGACCGAGUCCGUAUUCGCCACGUGUUCUAAUUCUUGUCCAACCGUUCGAAGUAAUUGUAUUAGUAGUAGUCUAACAACAGAAGUUGGGAAGGGACUCAAGAAUCAAGCAGUCUUGAAUGGUGAUAUACCAUCUGAAAUGGAAGACGAUCAUCCGAAUGAAGAUUCAGCUGAGGAGACGGUUCCCGUGGGUGCUUUAUGUCAAGCAGAUUUACCUGAAUGGACUGGUAAUAAUUCCGAUAGUGACUCUAAAUGGCUAGGGACACGGUUGUGGCCUCUUCAACACAGAAAUAGUAAUUCCGUACGUGAUAGACGCGCCAUUGGCAGAGGGAGACCGGAUUCAUGUGGCUGCCAAUUUCCAGGUUCGGUUGAAUGUUUUAGAUUUCACAUAGCUGAAGCAAGGAUGAGAUUAAAGCUCGAGCUUGGCUCGACAUUCUUUGCAUGGAGAUUUCAUCAAAUGGGGGAGGAAAUAUCUCUGCAAUGGACAGCUGAGGAGGAAAAGAGAUUUAAGGAGUUGGCUAUGUCAAGUUUCAACAAUCAUAAUCGGUGCUUUUGGGACUAUUCCUUGAGAUGGUUUCCAAUGAAAUCAAGGAAAAAUCUGAUAAGCUAUUACUUCAAUGUGUUUCUUUUACGGCUGAGAAGCUAUCAGAAUCGCGUAACUCCGAAUAGCAUCGAUAGCGACGAUGAAGAUUUUGAGUUUGGUUGUGUUAGUGGUGGGUUUGGAGACAAGGCAAUGGAAGUUUUAGGCUCAAAGUCUUUAGAAUGUUCUAUAAACAGACAGGUCACAGAUGUGGAGUAGUCUAAAAGUGGAGCAGAAUCUGAAGUAUCCAAAAAAGAGGGAAAGGAACGCAAUUUGACAAGAACUCGAGUUACGUUUUAGCUAUACAACACCGAUAUCGGUACUUUAUCGUACUAGGUAUUAUAUUUUUUGGGGAGGAUCUGUAUGGUAUCGGCUGGUGAGAAAUAUGAGGACCAAAGAGAGCCAUUGCUACAUUUGUUUGUUCUGAAUUUGUGCUGUGUGGAACUCAAUCUGAUAGUUCUUGGUUUUGUAUUUGGAGUUUGGUUUUAAUCAUUCCAAGGGGCUCUGAUAAGAAAGCUUGAGAAUAGCUUACCAGACACGUUUAUAUCAGUGAUUCGUGGAAAAUUUUGUCAUAUUUUUAAAUAAUUUGUCGAGGUAACGUUUGUAUAUAAUGAUUGAAUCUUCGUUGUCGCCUAUUAUAUUAAGGCCUAGAAUUUUUUGUUUA